ACUGACUGACGUAAAAGUAUAUUGCUUUAGUCUGAAUGUGGCGGAGGCUCGCGGAUAGUGAAAGUCAAUCACUCACAUUCAGCGUCUCAAGGAAAGACCUCAUUAACUGAUUAUUUUGCCUGAAGUAAUUGAUUUUAAUCAACAUGGAAGGUACCCAAGACAGUAGCAAGCCAGAUAAUAUAAAUGAUUUUAAUACAAACGAAUCGUCAAAGAAAACCUACGAAUUCGACGACUUGCUUCGUUUAGUCGGCGGAUUCGGUCGGUAUCCGAUGAUGUUGUACGCUUUUAUGUGUUUGAUGACAGUGCCCAUCGGUCUUCAACAACUUGUGCUGGUUUUUUACGGCGCUUCUCCGUCAUUUCAAUGUACUGCCUCGACUACAGCCAGUAAUACUUCGAUAUGCCCCAAUAAUCAGUGUUGUGGUAAUUGCACCAAAUAUGAAUUCAACGGUGAAUUUACCAGUGCAGUGUCCGAGUGGGAACUGAUCUGCGACAGAAAUCAUCUGAAGGCGUUGACUCAAGCUUCAUACUUGGCGGGCCUGCUUAUUGGCUCCUAUUCCUUUAGCAGCAUCUCCGAUCACUUCGGUCGAAGAAUCGCUGUUUUCCUUAGUAUCGCCUUCCUGGUAGGGUGUGGCACUGUGUCUGCCGUGGCAGACUGUCUUUCUCUCUUCGCCUUGUUCCGUGUCGGCGCAGGAGCUGCAGCAGCCGGUUGCCUUCUUUGCCGUUUCGUGUACUGCCUAGAACUGUCAGUCACGUCCAACAGAACUGCUGCAGGGUUUGUUAGCAACAUCUUUAUGACGCUUGGUUACGCUAUUCUAGCUUUACUAGCGUAUCUCUUGCGGGAUUGGAGGUAUUUGAUGCUGGCGGUGUCGUUACCAGGCACCCUGCUACUCGUUUUUUGGUGGUGGAUACCAGAGUCUCCGCGGUGGCUUCUUGCCAACAAUCGUCUGGACGAAGCCCACAGCCUGCUCAUGAAGUAUGCCGCCAAAAAUGGCGUCGAUGUUGACUCUAAACACCUGAAGCACGUGAUCUCUGAAGUCAGGAAAGCUGACGUCAGGAGUGAUGACACACGCAAAUACGGGACAUUUGAUUUGAUCAGGACUCCGAAACUGAGAAAGCGAAUCAUUAUCUGUUGUUUGAAUUGGUUUGUUAACGCACUUGUGUACUUUGGACUGAGUUUGAACGUGAAAAAUCUCGCUGGAAACAUGUACGUGAACUUCUUUAUCCUGAUCAUCAUCGAGCUGCCCGCCGCCCUGUUGGCUUGGUACUGUCUUCAAAGGUUUGGCCGCCGUAUCCCGUAUUGUACCUUCAUGCUGAUUGGUGGAGCGGCUGGUAUGUUGGUGUUGGCUGUACCAAACAAAGUGGAAUACCAACCAGUUAUCACAACUCUGGCCAUGAUCGGCAAGUUUUGUAUCAUGUCCACUUUCCUUACAAUCUACGUCUUCACUGCUGAGCUAUUCCCAACCGUCAUCAGAAACGUCGGUAUUGGAGUAUCAUCCAUGAUGGCCCGUAUUGGAGCAAUACUCGCACCAUAUAUUGUACUACUGGCUGAUCUUCCCAACCUGAACAAAACUCUGCCGCUGGUUAUCUUUGGAGUACUUGGGGUAACCGCUGGAAUAUUGUCAUUGUGGCUCCCAGAGACACUAUUCAGUCCCAUGCCUCAGACCGUGGAGCAGGCUGAAGCCUGGGAUGAGGAUUACAAGAUUUAUUGCUGCAAGCGGUCUGGGAUCAAGAAAUCAGAAAGAAAGGACGGUACGGGAAUAGACGAAGAACAAAAGCUAUGCAAGAUCGAAAGUCACGUGUAACUCUCAAUCAAACUACAUGGCAACUGAUCGCAAAAUCCUCUCAUGUGGCGUUUAAACAAAGAUUUAAUUUUUAAAUAUGAAAGGCUGUAUUCACAUGUAAAUAUAAUAGUAACUUGCGUGUCAAUUAACAGAUUCGUUUGAUCACCCAAUAUAACGAGUUAACAAACAAAAUUGUAAGGCCACUGACAACUGAGGUAUUCUGGCCACGUGAAGUUUCAUUGAAAACUAAAAUGAGCCCACGACUCGAGAGGCGACGGAGAUUCAGCGGUCAACAGGUGUUCUUUCACUUAAAACAGUCAAUAAAGUACAAUGUGAAACCAUUCAUUUUGCCUGUUUUGGAGUCUUUCAGUCUCGUUUUGCACGGUGUAGCUAGUACUGCCGAUAGCUAAUCUAGAGAUUCUCAAAAUCAACAAAGACCUAUGUUAAUAUACAUGGUUUACAUGGUUUAAGAGAUCAGGAGAAAUACCAAAUUCCAAUCCAGCAGCCAUACCCACGGUAGCUCUACUUGUGAUGGUCAACACUGAAUAACAGCGUCUAAGAUCGUUUGGGAUCAACCGUUUCAACCGCAACAGGUUUGGGUUGAUACGGUUGACGGUUCUCAAUAGAACACUUUUCCAACCGUUUUCGGCUGAAACGCUACAACCACGCCACAUAAUCACGCAAAUGCUUUUUCAACAGCGUCAACCCGGUUUGAGGCCGGUUGAAAAAGUUGAUCAACCAGACCAACCGAAAACGGGUUUUCCCCAAAAGAACACGACAAAAACCCAACCAACCCAACCAACUAGAAACGGUUGAUCCCAAUAACACACGACCUAAGAUACUACAUGUAAAGGAACAUGUUAUAGUUGGUUUGUAUUUCUUAGGAUUACUUCGAAUUACUCUUGUGUAAGAACUAAUUUAAAAACUUGUAAAAGGUAA